UGACAUACACAUAUAUAUAUAUAUAUAUAUAUUUACAUAUAUCUGUAUAAUGUUGCUCAAGGAUCAGCCGACAUUUAAAGAGGUGGCAAAAGUAUUUAUAGUUGGAUUGGCACUACGCUCCUAUAUAGCCGAUGGCGAUAACGAUGGCCAACAGCGUCGCACUUGCUUCGGACACGAGCUCUCCCGACGCAUUUGUCUGGCCGCGAAUCGGCAUCGGCCGAGCGCACGACAUCGGUUCCUCAAGUUCGUGUCGCCGGAACGUGUCAAGGAUUACGAUGUGAGGCACAGGCAGCGAUCGAUGGAGCACGGCCAAAAGACACUAGAGAUUGCCACCCAAAGGGGCAACAAUCGAGGAGCAGGCGAUGCACAGCCGACUUUAAAGCAAUAGUAAUAAAAUAAUCAUAAAAAUAAUAACAAAAA